CAUCCCACAUCCCACACUCCACGCUGUUUUGACUUUUCUUUAGACGUUCCCGGCACCCCCCUGCGCCCAAUUCCUCAUUCCAGCCUUUUAUUCCGCCAUAGUUCGCUCGGUAAACGUGGUGUAGGUCUUUUGGCCAGUCUAUUUUAGACGCUGAAUCCCGCGAGAACCAAGAACACUGCCCCUGCCAUCGACCAUAACCGUUCGCUACCCCGCCCCCGCCAAUUGAUCCAACACGCCACACAUCACUCGAUCGCCACGAUGGACGGCCAGCUCUCUCAAAAGGAGCCACGGCCACCAGUGCCGAUUCUGGAAGCUCCAAAGCUCAGCGUCAAGAUGUCAGCGACCGAGCUAAUCGGCAACACGCCGCUCGUCCGACUGAACAAGAUCCCGCAGUCGCUCGGCAUUGAGGCCGAGGUAUAUGCGAAGGUUGAGAUGUUCAACGCCGGCGGGAGCGUCAAGGACAGGAUAGCACUGCGUAUGAUCGAAGAGGCAGAGAAGAGCGGUCGGAUCAAGCCUGGCGACACUCUCAUUGAACCCACCAGUGGCAACACUGGCAUUGGCCUUGCUCUCGUCGGCGCAAUCAAGGGCUACAAGACCAUCAUCACCCUUCCCGAGAAGAUGUCUGCCGAGAAGGUGUCUGUCCUUCGCGCCUUGGGCGCUACCAUCAUCCGUACGCCGACACAGGCUGCCUGGGACAGUCCCGAGAGCCACAUCGGCGUCGCGAAGCGUCUGUUGAAGGAGAUACCAAAUUCGCACAUCCUGGACCAGUACUCCAACCCGAACAACCCGCUCGCCCACGAGUUCGGUACCGCGGAGGAGAUAUGGGCACAGACCGGCGGCAAGAUCACAGCCAUUGUCGCUGGUGCGGGAACGGGAGGCACGAUCACCGGUAUUGCCAAGGGCCUCAGGAAACAUGACAAGAACGUCAAAGUCAUUGCGGCGGACCCGCACGGCAGUACGCUUGCGCUGCCGGAAAGCCUGAACCAAGAGAAAGCGAACCUCCCAUACAAGGUCGAGGGUAUCGGGUACGAUUUCAUUCCGGAUGUGUUAGAUCGAUCUCUCGUGGACAAGUGGUACAAGACCGACGACCGCGAGUCUUUCCAGCUUGCCAGGCGACUUAUUGCCGAGGAGGGCUUGCUCGUAGGCGGUAGCUCCGGCAGCGCGAUGGCGGCCAUGAUUCAGGCGGUGAAAGACUUCGGGUUUGGCAAGGGCGAUGUGGUCGUGGUCGUCCUCCCCGACAGCAUCCGAUCUUACCUCUCCAAAUUUGCCGACGACGACUGGCUGGCUGCCAACGGGCUCUUGCCUAAUGAUAGCGAGAACGUCGAUGGGAAGGACGCGGAAUCGCAGCCCAAAUCCCCCAUACCUAAGCAGAGCACUGCAGACCCCUACAACGGCGCGACUGUGAGAUCGCUUCGUCUCAAGCCGGUGACAUCCGUUCUCACCACGAGCGCCUGUUCGGAGGCCAUCGAGAUGAUGCGGGAUAAGGGCUUUGACCAGCUGCCUGUGCUCGCGUCGGCAGGUGGCAAGCUGGCCGGCCUUGUCACGUUGGGCAACCUGCUCAGCUACAUCUCGCGCGGGCGGGCCUCGCCCACGACCCCCGUUAGCGAGGUCAUGUUUGACUUCGGCCGCAUUGACGAGGUGGUGACGGACCCGCGGGAGUUUGGGUCCGAUCUGAAGAAGAAGAGCAAGAAGCGCAAGUUCGUGGAGAUCACGAUGGAGACGCCGCUGUCGGCGCUGAGCCGGUUCUUGGAGUGGAACAGUGCCGCCGUGGUGACGGAGAAGGGGGCCGAUGGAUCGAAGCCUGUUGCGGUGGUGACCAAGGUCGAUCUAUUGACGUUCAUGGUGAGACAGAAGUCGUGAAGAACGCUGGAACUACCAGCGAAUGGAGGUUCUUAUCCGUUUUGAGAAGGGGUGCGUGCCUAGGACUCAACAUCUAAUGGUUGGUUUGGAAAGCGAGCAUAUAGUCGGCAUUAGACAGGGCUCAACCCGUGCAAGUGGCGUGUCCGCGUAAUAUACCCAUCUAGACAGCCA